AUGGAGGAAGUGACCUUCUACCACCAAACACCUGGCUCAUUCAACCGCAACACCAUUGUGCGCAACUGCUGGGUGUCGAUCCUCCAUGCACUGCUGAUGCGGUUUGUUUGGCGGGCGGGAUUCAUCGAGUCCGUGGUGGCAUUCAGUUUUAUGCGACCCGUCCAUUCUACUCAUCUGCUCAGCCUGUCGGUGGUGGCCAUGUUCGGCAUUGACCCUCACGACCAAGCUGAGGUGAUGGGAAGCCCGCCAGACCUGGACAAGGCUGUUGCCGCCCUGUUCUCAUACGUCGGAACACUCACCGCUCUCCGCCUGCUCAGCAUUGUUGCCUCGCUCGUCUUGAUGGCGAUCUCCUUUGCCUGGCGCCACAUCGUCCUUUUCGUGGUCGCUCUGGUGUCGAUGGCUGUGUUUGAAGGAGCCGCCGAGCUUCUCGGCGGGUUCCUUUUUUUUCUCGCCGCAUCUGUCGGUGCGGCUGUCGGCCCGGCUGUCGUUACUCUUCCGGCCCGGAUCGUGGCUUGGGCCACCUUUGUGUGCGGUUGGUUUGGGCGCUCGGUGGCGAGGAGCGGGAUUCUGCAAAGAGCCCUCGGCGAAACGCCAUACCCUGAGCUCCCUGCUUUUGAAUACUCGCCCAUCGACCCUGCCAAACAAGUUCGACUUUUGGAGAUUGAAAGAGCCAUACCUUUUUCAAUUCCUCGGGCCAGGUUGAUCACCUACAACAUCGACAAUCUACCACCAUUCGAAGCCGUCUCCCUCUGCAAAUCCGUGCGGCCCAGUGCCGCGUGCCCUAUUAUCCUGAACGAUAAAAAAGGGCUCGUUGACGGGCAGGUUGAUGCGCUCCUCCACCGCCUGGGGCGCAUGCUUAGGAAAAGAGUGGUUUGGAUUCAGCCCAUUUGCGCCGACGAUGCGGAUCGGCAAGAGCGGGCGUCGGAGCCUGUUCACACGAGUAUCAUGUACCGCGAGGCAUUCCGGGUCCUUGUGUGGAUGGGCGAGGGGCGCCCGGUUGUGGCAGCGGCGGGACUCAUCCUAGGGUUGGUACAGGUUCUGUGGAAGGCUAGCAUGGGGGAUGCCGUCGCCUACUUUGGCCGACUCUGCGUGGGUGACCGAAUCCUGUUUGAGGACGACAUGCUCGACGGUUUUCUCGAGUUCCUGGACCACCCCUGGUUCGAAGAUGUUGAGAACUUUGACAGGGUGAUGAGGAGCAGGCAGGUCACUUUUCUGAUGGGCAACACGCCCAUUAUGGCGCAAACUAUGUCUUUUGUCGGCGGCAUUCUCGGGGCUUGGGACCGCGGCACCCUUUUGGCAGUUCUCGCCCAGACGGGAAAGGCUAUUCGAUCACCCCCCGCGGGACUCGAUCCACUGAUCACUCUCUCUGUCAUCUGCCGCCAGCCAUUACGGGACCCGGAGAUUGCCAAUGCCCCUCGGUAG